AUGUCUCUUUCCGACACUCGCAUACUCCCCAAUCUCUACGACGCUCUUGCAUCCCCUCCCCUAUCUCCCCAACCGGCUAAAUCCCGUACACGUGUUUCACCUGUGACCACCCAUGGGUACAACACGCCUCUCACGUCGAUCUCUCCACGUCCUGGCGCCACGUUCAAAACUGCCAUCACUGUGGAUGAUACUCAUACGCCAAUCUCACGACCCGCUCUUAACGGCGCUGUUACCGACUUGGCUGCAACAACAAUCACCCCAACCCCGGGCACUUUAUCUAUAAAAUCAUCUAUCCCUCGCUCUUUUCAACCCACUCAACAACCCCUCGCUCUCCUCUCCGACCCUGCCAAUCAUACGUCUCUUGGCGAACCUCCUCGAUUGAUCUUGCACAACGAAGCAGACUCGUUGACCAGAGAACGCAAAGGCAAGAUGCCUGUGCUUUCGCAUUUGCUUAGCGUGGGGGAUGGGCGUGUGCUUUGCUUGGCAGCAGAUGAGAAUUAUGUUUAUGCGGGGUGCCAAAGUAGCGAUAAUGAGAUCACUGUCUUCUCCCGUUCAAGCCUGCAACCGAAAUACAGGCUGCUGGGUCAUCAAGGCAGCGUCCUUGCUCUCUUGAUCAUACCCGAAAAGGACUGGCUCGUGAGCUCCAGUAGUGCUGGUGAUGUUAGGAUAUGGUCCACGGAGAGCCUUGAUCUGAUCUACAUCAUUCAUCCUUGUGAUGACACUUCUGGCGAUAUCUACUCGCUUGCCUGGGACGAAAGAGAAGGCGGCACUUUGUACUAUGGCUCUCAAUCCAACUCUAUCGAGUGGGUCAACUUUUCAGGCGCCGGUUCUUCUCGCCAUCGCACAAUCUCCGCCUCUGCCGCCAGCUCCAUCCAAGUCGUCAGCAACGGCGACGCCUCCCCUCGCUCUGCUCCUUCUCAACGCAGCGGCCGGUAUAAGCCCCACAAGUUCUUUGACAAUCCCCCCGACGGUGCUUGUAGCGGUGUCUUCACACCUGCUUCCAUCUCUGUUUCUGGGUGCAAUACGGGCAGGACAAGUGUCUCGCCCAAGGUUGAUUUGGAUAGAGUGGAUGAUGGCUUGCUCCGGCAGACGCAAGCAGCGACAGAGAUCGAAACGGCAGCCGAAUCGCGCCUCGCCUUUGCGCACUAUGGCUAUAUCUAUGCUUUGCACAUUGUUUCCCGACCCAACGGGCGCACGUGGCUUGUGAGUGGAAGUGGUGAUUCAGAUAUCAAGAUUUGGGAGUGUGAAGCCGGAGGAGGUAUCUCUCUCGUUCGUCAAUUCGACUCUCUAUCCGGCGGUGUUCUCUCCUUCGCCUACCGCGACGACCUCCUCUACGCUGGUCUACAAGCUGGCGAAAUAGGAGUAUGGGACCUCGAAACCGGUGCCCGCAUCCGUACCAUUGAAGCGCACGAAGACGAUGUCCUCACCAUGUGCGCGCUGGGCGGUGAUGUGUAUACUGCAGCGGCAGACGGGAGGAUCUUGAGGGUCAAUGAAGAGUUUGAUUGUACCGCUGCAUUCAGGGUACACGGGGGACCGGUAUUCGACUGUGUGGUUAUACCGACCCAGAAAGAGGAUGGGUGGCAGCUGGUAACGAGUGGAUGUGAUUCUUAUGUCAAGAUUUGGCAGAUCGAGGCGCCCAAUGUGGGGCUCAAUCAUGAAGAGGUUGACAUGGGGAAUGAGGGCGACGUGAUGCUUUACGCUUUGUCAAAGCUUGUUGCUGUCCCCACUGUUAGCGACGACGCUCACCGCGAAAGCUGCCGACAGGGUGCUCAUCUUCUGAAGAAGAUCCUCUCUCAACUUGGAGCCACAUCCGAAGUCCUUUCCGGUGAACAAGGUCGCAACCCUCUUGUUCUUGCCACCUUCACCGGUAGAGACACUGGCAAGCCCCGCAAACGUCUCCUCUUCUAUGGUCAUUACGACGUCCAACCAGCUGUCGAGGAGCGCUGGGAGACCAAUCCUUGGGAGCUUUCUGGCCGAAACGGAUACCUCUAUGGACGAGGCGUGACGGACAACAAAGGACCGAUCAUGGCUGUUGCCUGUGCAGCGGCAAGCUUGCGACAGAGGAGAGAAUUGGACGUAGAUCUGGUGAUGAUCGUUGAAGGUGAGGAAGAGGCCGGUUCCCGUGGCUUUGCCCCUACAGUCCGCGCCCAUAAAGCCGAUAUCGGCCAUAUCGAUGCUGUACUCCUCUCCAAUUCUACAUGGAUUGACGAGGAAGACCCUUGUGUGGUAUUCGGUAUGAGGGGAGUGGUCUAUGCCAAUUUGAGUGUGGAGAGCAAGGAGGAGAAUCUGCAUAAUGGAGUGGAUGGAGGUGCGACGGUAGAGCCCAUGUUCGAUCUGGUGAGGGUACUCGGAGGGUUGUCGGACGCGAAAGGUGUCAAAGUGCCCGGUUUCUACGACUCUGUCCGACCUGAAACACCUGAAGAAAUGUCUCUCCUCCGAGACGUCUCCGCUGCCUGCGGCCGACCUCUCGAGGAACUCAUCCGCGUCUGGCGCCAACCGUCCUUUUCUAUCGCCAGCAUCAACUCUUCCGGGUCCGGCAACAAGACCGUCAUUCCAAGAAAGGUGACGGCGGAUAUCUCAAUGAGGAUUGUGCCGGAUCAGAGUUUGGAGAGUAUUGUGCAAGGACUGAAGGAGCAUUGUGAGAAGACUUUUAAGAGCUUGGGGUCGACCAACAACUUUAACGCGAGUCAUUUCUGUCUAGUCUUAGAAAGCUUGCUGACGACUUUACAGGUCCAAGUCACACAUACCGCCUCCUGGUGGCUCGCGUCUCUCGAAUCUCCCUACUUCAAAGCUCUCGAGUCUUCCAUUCAGGACGUAUGGGGUGUCAAGCCGCUCAAGAUCAGAGAAGGCGGCACCGUCCCGACAGUCUUUUGGCUGGAGAAGGAGUUUGGCGCGCCGUGUGUCCAUUUGCCGCUGGGUCAGAGCUCAGAUGCGGGGCAUUUGGCGAAUGAGAGGAUGCGGUUGUUGAAUUUGAGGAAUGGUAAGAAGGUGGUUGAGGCCUACCUCACGAGAUUGGCCAGCGUUUAA